UGACCAUUUUCAAUUCUUUAAGUUUCCCAUAAAAACACCCAUCAUUUACACACGUACCACUUUCAUUCCUUCCAUCAAUCGGUCUCAAAAUCUUUCUGCAAAUGUCAGAUCACCCCACAACUCCAGCAGAACAAGAAUCAUCCCAAAUCAGAACUCUGCUUCUCUUCAAAACAGAUCAAAUCCAAGUUCAAUACGAAGAAAAUGGUGAGCAAGAAGAAGAAACAAGCAAUCAUCUGGAUAAACACCUUCAAGGAUUGGAUUUCUAUUUGUUAUUGUUGGGAUUCCAUCAAUCUUCUGUUUUGAGAUUUGGGAUUUCAUGGGUUUCUUUUUUGAUGAUUGGGGUUGUGCUUCCUGUAGUUGUAAUUUUGAUGACCACCAACUGUUCGAGAUGUGACCUCUACCAAAUCAAAGGCUUUGAGCUUGUUGUUGUUUCUGCUCAUGCUUCUUUGGCAGCUGUUUCUCUCCUUUGUCUUUCACAUAAUCUGAGGAAAUAUGGGAUUCGAAAGUUUUUGUUUGUUGAUCAGUAUAAUGGCCACGUGGAAAGAUUUUCAACAGAGUAUGUUCAGAAGAUUUCUGAAUCUAAACGUGCGCUAGUCUGGUGGGUGCUUCCAUGUCUUAUCUUGAAGGUUGCACGUGAAGUUAUCCGCAUGAUGUACAUGCACCGUGAGUCGUGGUGGCAAUCUUGUGGCGUUUUUGUUGCUUUGACUGUGUCAUGGAUAUAUGUGGCGGUGAUCUUUUUAUCCUCGUGUUUAGUGUUUCAUUUGGUCUGCAAUUUGCAAAUUAUCCACUUUGAUGACUACGGAAACCUCUUGGAAAGAGAAACUGAUGUUUUGGUAUUUAUAGAAGAGCAUGCCCGUCUACGCCAUGAUCUUUCCAAGAUUAGCCACAGGUUUCGGAUUUACCUUCUACUUGUGUUCAUAGUCGUCACUUCAAGCCAGUUUGCGACUCUAUUCCAAAUCACGGAGUUUAGGGAUAAAGUUACGUUCAUAAAUGGUGGCGAUUUUGCUGUUUCAUCGAUUGCACAAGUUGUGGGGGUGGUUCUUUGUUUAAAUGCUGCGGCAAAGAUUUCCCACAGGGCACAAGGCGUUGCAGCGUUAGCAAGUAGGUGGCAUGCUUUAGCUUCGUGUGGUCCAGAUGAUGCGUCUCAAAUGAGAUUUUCGAACAGAAUGGGAAACUUGGAGGCUGCAAAUAACUUAUUGAGAUCCGUUUCUUCGGAGGAAAGUGAUUUGGAGGUGAUGAAUUAUAUUCCGCUCCCCACGAAUGCACAACUGACGUCUUAUUUGUCUUCGUAUCACAGGCGACAAGCAUUUCUUAUGUAUCUGCAGAAUAAUCCAGGAGGCAUUACUUUGUACGGUUGGACGGUUGACCGAAGUCUUAUAAACACCAUCUUCUUCAUCGAGCUCUCACUGGUUCUCUUCGUUCUUGGGCGGACCACCGUGUUCACCUACACCGGCUAACAGGCUUUCAUCGUUAUCUCUAAAUUUAUCAAGAUUUCUUGAAAUUUCCCAAGUGGUUCAUGGUGCACCAAUAGUGAGCUUCUGUUGCUAUUAUCACCAGAGUUUUUGACGAUAAGAAGCCCAUCGGGUUAUACGCGAGACCAUGUCUUUCUUUACAUGUGCAAGGUAAUGCAAUUUGCUAUUUAUCGAUCACUAUUUUGUACAGAUGGAUUCAUGUUGUUUGAGGUUUGAAGUUUGAACUAUGAACAUGAGAUUCUUUAUGGUUUACAAGACCGUUAAAAAUAUAAGAAAA